GUUGAAAAAUCCAAGAUGGAGGAAAUAGGAAUUACUAUCCAAAGUCAGGAUUCAAGCCGACCCACAACUGCAGCGAGCAGUUCCUUGUCCACUGUAGAUCCCAACGUAGAUGAUCUUUAUGCAAAGUACAAGAAGCUUCAAAAGCAGCUGGAGUUUUUAAAAGUCCAGGAAGAAUACAUCAAAGAUGAACAGAAAAAUCUCAAAAAGGAGCUGCUACAUGCACAAGAGGAAGUGAAACGCAUCCAAUCUGUUCCUCUGGUUAUUGGUCAGUUUUUGGAGGCUGUAGAUCAAAACACUGGAAUUGUUGGCUCAACAACAGGGUCAAACUACUACAUUCGCAUACUCAGUACCAUAGACCGGGAACUUUUGAAACCAAGUGCAUCUGUUGCCCUUCAUAAGCACUCCAAUGCACUUGUUGACGUCCUUCCUCCUGAGGCUGAUAGCAGUAUAGCAAUGUUAACUGCUGAUGAGAAGCCAAAUGUAGCCUACGCAGACAUUGGUGGAAUGGAUAUACAAAAGCAAGAAAUGCGAGAAGCUGUUGAGCUCCCUCUUACACAUUUUGAGCUCUACAAACAAAUCGGUAUUGAUCCACCACGAGGGGUUCUAAUGUAUGGUCCUCCAGGAUGUGGCAAGACCAUGUUAGCAAAGGCAGUUGCUCAUCAUACAACAGCAGCCUUCAUUCGUGUUGUGGGGUCAGAAUUUGUCCAAAAAUAUCUUGGUGAAGGACCCAGGAUGGUUCGUGAUGUGUUUCGCCUGGCUAAAGAAAAUGCACCAGCAAUAAUUUUUAUAGAUGAGAUUGAUGCAAUUGCCACUAAGCGAUUUGAUGCACAAACAGGAGCUGAUAGAGAAGUACAAAGAAUAUUGCUUGAGCUGCUGAAUCAGAUGGAUGGCUUUGACCAGAAUGUAAAUGUUAAGGUUAUCAUGGCCACAAAUCGUCAUGACACUCUUGACCCUGCAUUGUUACGUCCUGGUCGACUGGAUCGUAAGAUUGAAUUCCCCCUGCCAGACAGAAGACAAAAACGUCUCAUCUUCUCCACAAUAACAGCUAAGAUGAACCUGUCAGAAGAAGUAGAUUUAGAGGAUUAUGUUGCAAGACCAGACAAAAUUAGUGGAGCGGAUAUCAAUGCCAUUUGUCAAGAGGCUGGCAUGCAGGCAGUACGAGAAAAUCGCUAUGUUAUCCUAGCUAAAGAUUUUGAGAAGGGCUACAAAAACAACGUGAAGAAAGAUGAAACAGAACAUGAGUUUUAUAAGUAAUGUUAUCUGACUGUGUACCAAAGACUGAAUGGGGAUACUUCCUGCUGUGAAUAAAUACUGGUCGCUUGUGUAUGCUGAUGACCUUUUCUGUAGAUGUUAAAAAUACAAUAAAUGGCUUUUGCAUAUUA